CAAGCGACCAAGAUCUGUCAUUGACCAAACAGAUCAGCCAGAGAGACUUAAAAAGCUGUGUUUACACUACAGCGUGCUAGAGCAGAUUAGAUGACAGCUAGUAAGGGAGAAUAAUCACAGGAUUAGCUAGUCGGUAAAAUAACUUCACACUAACGGCUUAUAAAAAGCGCAGUUUUAGGCGAAGCGAUGACAGCAAAAACUCUCGAGAAAACCCCUGUAACGCUAAGUGGUUUUGUGCAUCCUCUCUCCGAGAGCAUCUAUUCAGUGGACGAUAUCACCACAUCACUGGCAGCCUCUGUAAUUUUUCCAAAUGCUGAUUUAAAUGGGCCUUACGAUCAUGUUAGUGGAGCUUCAGGAGAUGGUUUAAUCAGUGGGGACAUGAGCACAGAGAAACGAUCCCUCGAUUUGUCUUACACCAGCAGCUUCUCGCAGCCCUCAGCUGCUCGCAACCAGCCAUUCACCUACAUGGGAAAGUUCUCAAUUGAUUCCCAGUAUCCAGGUAACUGGAAUCCAGAGAGCGUCAUUAACAUUGGGAUCCUUGGCAUGACCCAACCCUCCUCGGCGUCCUCUUCACCAGCUUCUUCUGUCUCACCAAACCACUUCUCCAGCACCUUGAGUUGCACCAUGGCGCAAAACCCUCCCGACAUGGACUCCAUCUACUCUCCCCCUCCACCUUAUUCUGGCUGCCCGGAGGUCUACCAGGAUCCGUCUGCUUUUCUGUCAACCACCACUUGCCCCAUCUCAUACCCUCCGCCGUCCUACUCGUCGCCGAAGCCAACCACGGACAGCGGUCUAUUUCCUAUUAUCCCCGACUAUGCCGGUUUUUUCCAACCCCCUUGCCAACGGGACAUGCCUACCAUCCCGGACAGAAAACCUUUUUCAUGCCCACUGGAGUCCUUUAGGGUACCACCGCCCUUGACUCCUCUGAACACUAUUAGGAAUUUUACAUUAGGCGGACCAGCUUCAGAAGGACCAAGACUACCUACAGCUUACAGCCCCCAAAAUUUGCCUCUAAGACCAAUACUCCGACCGAGGAAAUACCCCAACAGACCAAGCAAGACCCCAGUUCAUGAACGACCGUAUCCCUGCCCAGCAGAAGGUUGUGACAGGCGAUUCUCUAGGUCUGACGAGCUCACGAGGCACAUCCGAAUCCAUACGGGACACAAACCUUUCCAGUGCCGGAUCUGCAUGAGAAACUUCAGCCGCAGCGACCACCUCACCACUCACAUCCGCACUCACACCGGCGAGAAACCCUUUGCCUGUGACUUCUGUGGCAGAAAAUUCGCCAGGAGCGACGAGCGGAAGAGGCACACCAAAAUUCACCUAAGGCAAAAAGAAAGAAAGUCUUCAUCAGUACCCUCAGCAAACACGAACUCCGAUCGCUCCGUUGCUAUUAGUACAUCCGCUGGUGGGGUUUGCAGCUCGGGCUCUGCCCAGUUGCCUUCAUGUCCAUCCCGGGGAGUUUAGGUGUGACGCUUUGUAUGUUACAAUCCCGAUGAGAACAAAAUCAAGGCGAUGGUACAAGAAGGAAAAAACGAUAGAAAUAUCACUGCCCGCGUGCAGCAAAAUAGCAGUGACCAAGUCCACAUUAUUUUUACCGUGUUUACCGUCAGUUGGCACCUGCACAUCUUACUUCCAGAUUGCUGUUUGUCAGUUUAAUAUCAUUCAUACGUGGAUCGAAAUUAAUUAUUAUAAUGAAAUAGAAAAAACACGGCCAAGUGAACUUUUUUUUCUGGGUGACAAAUGAUAAUAUAGUAUAAGAGAUUGAUGGCAUCUUUGCUGUUGGUUCUAAUAGUAAAACAGUUUGCACUGUUAGGAACCAGUCUGAUCAGCACAAAUAAUAUGUGAGUCAAAAUGGUACCACAUUAACAGUAGUAAACUCGCAAUAAUUCCAAAUGUUUUAUUUAAAGUUAUUUAAAAGGUAAAAUGUGUCGGUGUUAACAAACUUGUUGUUUCUUCCUUGUUUUGCCAGUUGUCAUGUUUUGUAUGUAUUUCAUAGCGCGUUUGUAAUUGAAAUGUAUAAUAAUAUUCAUCAAUUAAUAUCAAAAUUUUAGAAUGAUAUAUUUUUGUAAACGCUGUUUCGUGUUCUUUCCGAAUGUGUUGGAUUUGUAGUAUAAACAUUAAAAAUGUAAAUACUUUAUUACUCUUGAGGACGUGGUGUUUGCUGUGAAAGCGUAAAAAACUGGAAUGUAUUUAGAGCAAAAUUACUAACGGUGGACCGGCAUGACAGCAUAAUUAAAAUAAUAUACUGUUUGUGUCACCUCAACAAAAUAAACAACUUUGA